UCCUUUCCCUUGCAAUCUGAAGAAGCUCUCCUAACUUAAUAUUGUACAGAUACAGGCUGUCAAGACGUUGUUGAAUCUCUGAUACCAACUGAUCUGUUGCAUACCUUGAUAGAUCGCUUUUGCAGUCCUCUGGGACUGUUUCAGAUCUUGUGUGCUACCAUGGAACACCAGCGUGUUCUCCUCCUCCUGCUAGUUCUGAAUCUCGUCAUUGGUGGAGGGCUAGCUUGCUAUUGCGAUCGGUACCCGUGGACACCAUGGACCAGGUGCUCCAAAACCUGCAACUAUGGAACUCAAAACAGGCAAAGGGAAAUGGUUUAUGACGAUUAUUACCACAAGAACUACUGUAACCGGCUGUGCAAAACUUCAGAGAGCAGAGCCUGCAACCAGGAGGCCUGCCCAAUAAACUGUGAGCUCGGAAACUACGGGCCCUGGUCUGAGUGCAGUCCCUGUGCUAAUAAACAGUUUCGAACCAGGUUAGUGGUGCGCCCCAGCCAGUUUGGAGGCCAGUCCUGCAGCGACACUCUGACCGAGUGGAGGGUUUGUUACCCGGAUAAAAUUUGCAAAAUAGAAGAGAUGGACUGCAGUAAAAAGUUCUCCUGUGACAACGGUCGAUGUAUUCCACGAAAAUUGGAAUGUAAUGGUGAUGAUGACUGCGGAGAUCUGUCGGAUGAGAAACACUGUGCGAGAGGAAAGAAGGUUUGUAACCACAGAUACGACAGCAUCCCCAGCGUUCAGCUCAUGGGCAGUGGAUUUGAUAUCAUGGCAGAAGAGAUUCGAGGGGAUGUCCUUGAGAACAAUUUUUAUGGAGGCGUUUGCAACACAAUAAAAAGCAAGGACAAAAGGAAAACUUACAGGAUACCUGAGAACCUAGAAAGUGUCGUUUUUCAGAUCGAGCACGUGGAAGAUUAUGAGAAUGAAGCUGAGCCCACCUACAGUGAACCAGUGGAGCUGGCUAACGAACGCUCUACCAGCGGUCAGUUCAGCUCACAUAGUUCCAAUUUUUUAUGGAUUCCAAUCUUUUACGCCCGUAGUUCCCGUACACGCUCACAAGGUUCUUCAUCCUUCAAAACAGCUGUCAAAGCCUCGCAACAAAUGGAUUCAAAAUUCUUCAGAGUUCAUCAAGUGGUUGGAGUGUCAACAUUCGAAAUGAAACAGGCCAACCUGCACCUAUCCGGCCCAUUCUUGAGAGCCUUGAGCAGUCUGCCCUUGGACUACAAUUACGCUUUAUACAGCAGGAUAUUUCAGGACUUUGGGACCCAUUACUUCACAUCUGGCACAUUAGGUGGCCACUAUGACCUCCUUUACCAGUAUGACAGAGAGGAGCUGAAGAAUUCAGGUGUUACAGACUCCGAAGCCAGUGGGUGUAUAGUGAAAGAAACCACAAAGGUGUACUUCAUAUUCCCCAAAAAAACUGUAAAAAAAACGUGCACCUGGAACAAGAUGUCAGAAAAGUAUGAAGGUUCUUUUCUAAAGUCAUCUCAGAAGUCUAUUUCAAUGGUAAAAGGCGGCAGGACAGAGUAUGCUGCAGCGCUGGCUUGGGAAAAAAACAAAGUCCUUCCAAAUAGUACCAUUCAUAAGGACUGGAUUGAGUCAGUAAAAGACAACCCAACCAUUGUGAAUUAUAAGCUUGCCCCCAUUCUGAAUCUGGUGCGGGGCCUCCCCUGUGCCAUGACGAGGAGGCAGAACCUGGAAAGAGCGUUGAUGGAAUACCUGGAGGUCUUCGACUCCUGCAAAUGCAAUCCCUGCCCGAACAAUGGCAAGCCUGUGCUGUCUGGCACAGAGUGCAUGUGUGUCUGCCAGAGUGGAACCUAUGGGGACAACUGCGAGAAACGGGCUUCUGACUACACUUCAAAUGCAGUGGAUGGGUACUGGAGCUGCUGGGCCCCGUGGAGUGCCUGUGAUUCGUCCAUGAAGAGGAGAAGAACACGGGAGUGCAACAACCCUUCUCCAAUGAACGGGGGCAAAGCUUGUGCAGGAGACCAGCAGGAAGAAGCAGACUGUACCAUCUCGCUUUUCCAGGACCAGGGAGCUGCGUGUAGAAAUGACGAUGAAUUUAAAAUUGAGGGUGAGGGAGAACUGUUACCAGGAACUGACCAGCCUGGGUGUUCACAACCAAAACCACCAGCUAACAGCUACCUGAGGACAAAGGAAAGGCUGUAUGGAUUUGGUGAACAGGUGGAAGUGCUUUGUUUCACUGGCUAUGAAGUUGAAGGAUACCCAUACUUCAGAUGCUUGCCUGACGGAACAUGGGAUCAGAAAUCUGUGGAGUGCCUAAAAAAGUCUUGCAGUAGACCAGCAGUUGCCAGUGGAAUUUCCAUAUCUCCACUCAAAGAAGACUACAACAUUGGAGAAGGCAUUUACCUCAGCUGUGCUCCAGGGUUUCGGAUCAGUGGCACCAGGUCUUACAGGUGUGCACAGCAUCUAGACUGGGAGCCUGAGGUUCAUAGCCAAAUAACUUGCGAAAAAGCAGAAACAUUUGUUCCUGAUGCCAAAUGCAAAUUGGGAGAAAAGCGAGAUGGUUCUAACUGUGUAUGCAUGUCACCUGAACAAGAUUGUAGCUCCUUUGUAGAAGAUAUCUGCAUAUUUGAUGGAAAAACGGGUCUUUCUUUGCUGAAAUCCUCCUGUGCCAUUCACGCUGAAAGGUGUCUGGGAGAGAAGCUGCAGUUCCUCAGUGAAGGUUCUUGUCCAGAUGGAGCCACCCUCGAGUGGGCUGAAUUCAGGGCCGGCUUGGCUGAUAAGAGUGAGAAGCACGAGUCCUGUGGGCUGGACACCUGCUACGAAUGGGAAACAUGCACAUACUCAAAGUGUGAGUGCCUGUUGCCAUACAACUGCCCCAAGGACGGAAAACUCUACUGUGUUGAAACAGGGACAACGAAAAAUAAACGGUCAUUGAAUCUGUGCUUCGUGGGAGCAAUGAAAUGUGCCAAACUGGAAGUGAGACUUGUGCAUGAUGGGAAAUGCUGAUGAUAUAUGUGUGGAGCAGGACAAGAUCUGUCUUGUUGCAAGGUCUGCAAUUAUUUUACCAUACCAGGGAUCGUGCUUCACUGGAUCUCCAUCUCUAAUCUCAAUAUGCUUUUUCAGCCAUAGUAGCAGUAGGUUACUUAUACUGUACUUACUCUAUAUAGGUCUGAGGUGUAACAUUCAGUUAUUGGCUUAAUAACCAAAUCGAAAGAAUGUCAUCACACUAAAUACCAUUUUUAAAUAAAAAUAUUGUAUUUGGAACAUAAUAUACCUGAACGCAGAAGGGUACUUUCACUGUGCUUUGUUAUCUAGUUUUGUUUUGCAUUCAGAUUUUAAAAUAAAAAUCUUUGAUCUUUUCCUGAUCAUACA